AUGGCAGCCACCACGGUGACUGACUCCGGAGGCGUGAGGAUCAUCACGGAGGUCAUCCCAGCCACAGACCCCCGAGCAGCCCAGCUGACCUCCAGCUCCGGGCUGCCUGCACCCACCAUGACAUCAUUUCAAGUCAGAGGCUUCAGAAGGGCUCAGCCCAAGGCCCUGGGGACCAUCCACAUCUUCACUGGGAUCAUCCACAUCUGCUUCGGGAUCAUCCUGAUGGUGUCAGAGCACGAGAGCCCUUCUCUCCCAGUGGCUAGCGGGGUCUUCUUCUGGCUCGGGCUUCUGGUGAAGAUCUGCUGCAUCGUCAACAUGGGGGUCAUCCUGAGCACGUUGGUGGCCACCCUUGUCCACACCACGGCCAUCACUCACAACAUCCCUGGCUGUGAGACUAACACACUGUACCAGCUGAAAGCCGAGUGGUGCUUUGAUGCUGAGAACAAGAGCCUGAGCGACGGGCUGGAUUCCAUAUUCGUCAUCUUCUGCCUCCUCGAGUUCUGCGUGGCAGUGGCAGCCCUGUCCUUUGGCUACAAUGCCGUCAAGCAGCACAACUACACACCCAUG